AGCGCCUGUCACUGCUGGUUACGUGCUUAUCUUGCCAUACAAUUAAUUAAAUUCUUUGCUUUUUCAAAUAAGCACGAAGACACCGACGACAGCAAGAUUGCUGUCGAUAUUUUAGCUCAACAAAAAUUUAGAAAUGAAAAAUAGCUUUCAAAUAAUUGCUUUAACGGUGUUAACCGGGCUAAUCGUAGUUUCCAUCAUCGGCGAAAGCGGUGCUACCCUAUCAAAGAGCGAUAAAAAGAAGAAAGCCAAAAAACCAGACAUCAAAACAUUUGAAGGUCCAGUUGGAGAAAGCGUCGAAGAAAGAGGACUGCUAGCCCCAGUGAUAAAAGUGAAAGAUAUUAUUUCCCAAAAUGCCGCUUAUCAUAAGGAUGCGCAACAUGUCAAAGUACACAAUGAUACUAAAGUGUUAGCUUACGUGACACCAUGGAAUAACAAAGGCUAUGAAAUAUCUGAAACAUUCACCAACAAGUUUGAUUUGAUCUCGCCAGUAUGGCUGCAAGUGAAAAGAGGCGCCGAGGGAUCCUACCAAAUUACUGGAGAGCAUGACAUAGACAACGGUUGGAUGGCAAGACUGAGGAAGAACAACCCAGCAGUACAAAUUGUCCCUCGACUACUCUUUGAUGGAUGGAGAGGAGAAGAUUUUGUGUCCGUUUUAAAAAGCCAAUCGGAGCCAACUCGGCUUGGACAGUUGUUCGCGAAAACUUGCCAGAAGCACAAAUUUGACGGACUUGUGUUGGAGUUCUGGUCUCAACUUGGGGGCCAAGCAAAAGAACCACUGGCAGGGAUGACGUCCAUCAUUGCGAGAAUCAUGAAAAAAGAGGGAUUCGUCACCAUCCUCGUGCUUCCACCAAUACGACAUAGGGAGCUGGAAUACUUCGACCGCACUGAUUUUGAUCGACUUGCAAAGGACGUGGACUUCUUUUCACUGAUGACUUAUGAUUUCUCUUCAGUCCAAAGACCUGGACCCAGCAGCCCUCUGCCGUGGAUGAAAGAUUGCGUUGAAGGCUUGGUUCCUGAUUCUGACGAUGAGAACAGGCGGAAAAUUCUGCUUGGUCUGAAUUUUUACGGCAUGGAUUUCACCAUAAAUGGAGGUGGACCCAUUCUCGGACGAGAUUUCAUUAAAAUAUUGGACAACGUGAAACCCAACGAGAAGUUAAAAUAUGAUGACAAUUCAGAAGAGAAUUUCAUCGAGCUCAAGAAGGGCGAUUCCAGCCACAUCGUGUUUUACCCAACACCGUUCUCGGUUUUGAAGAGACUCAGGCUUGCUGAGGAGCUGAAUAGCGGAAUUUCUAUUUGGGAAAUUGGCCAGGGACUUGAUUUUUUCUAUGAACUGUUGUGAGCAAUUUUUUUUACUGAGUUUGAAUUUUAUUUUGCAAGUAAAAAAGUGAUAAAGUCGGUAUAAUAAAAAUUAGAUUUUGAAAUAAACACA